AUGGAGCAGCAACCUGCCGUCCCGCCGCCGAUAGGGCAGUCCUCCAACUUUGCACAUCCUAAAGAUGUCUUACACACAGUGAACCUCGUGGCGCAAGUAUUGUGUAUCAUAGUCGUCACGAUGUUUGUGGCUCUACGUCUGUGGAUCAGAGCUCGAUAUCAUCAGAGCUUCAAUGCAGAAGACUACUUUACAGUUGCUGGAUGGGCCCUAUUCAUGGUGUUUUGCGCUUGCAUGCUUCUACUCAAUGUCUACGGUGGUGGAUACAAUGCAUGGGAUGUCACUGAGACCGAGUUCAUCAAGUUUCAAAAAGUUCAACCCAAUCCUCUCUUUUAUCCUUUCAGCGCGCUAACGAGCGAAUUAACACAGGUCUCCUACGCAACCACGCUGGUUUAUGUUCCGAUGGUCUUUGUGAUCAAGAUCGCUCUCCUAGCAGUCAUGGGAAGGAUUUUUGCUCCCCACCGCCGGAAGGUUAUAGUCAUAUACAUCAGCAUCGGCAUCAUGCUGUGCUAUUACGUCGCAGCGCUGUUCCUCAAGAUAUUCUUCUGUGACCCUAUCUCGGCAUACUGGUUUGGUACUUCCAAUGGUGGCAAGUGUCUUAACCAGCGGAAUGUCAUUAUUGCCGACUCAGUCAUCAGCAUCGCCAGCGACUUUGUCUGGCGACUAGUGAUCAUGGUGGCGGAAAGCAAUACGACAAACACAACGUGGUUCUGGAUCCACUGCGUUUUGACUGCUAACGCCGAAGCAGGGAUCGGGCUAAUCUGUGCCUGUCUACCUGCAAUGAGCCAUUUCUUCACCAGGGUGAAAAGCAAGAGAGGAACCGCCACCAAUAACAGCUAUUUGAAUAGCCAUGAGCUUGAAAGCCGGAAAUAUCGCGCCAAUCGCUCCGACGCCCUGAAACCCACCGACAACUUCUUCCUGUCCAACCAGAACGAUCAAGCGCAUCUUAUUUCCACUUGUGUUGGUCCCGAACAGCGCGAGAACUCUAUUUCCAGCGUACACUCCGAACAAAAUACCGCAAACUCUGAGGGGAUUGGCAAGAACGUCACCGUGUCGCAAGUCUUUGAGGUUGUGAAAUAA